AUGCUUCCGAGUCGUGUCUCCGAGCCACCGACGCGCAGCGCACAUGAAAUCGAUGGGAAACGCGUGUCACUGCUCAAGAGCCUGAAAAUUUUGGACUGGCUGCAGUGUGCCUUGGGCGCUGCUUUUCAAAACCUAGAGCUUCGUCAGGGAGGCGAUGUCAACACUUUCCUUCAAGGUCUUCGCGACGCCAACCUCACCUCGCUCGCCGACGUCCUUUCGCAGCACUCUGCUGUCACCGACCGCAUCUUGGCGGACAGUACCCCAAAGCUGUUCCUCGCUCCCGACAACGAGGCCAUCUCAAACCUUCCUUCUUUUGUCACGAACGACUCCGCGCGCCUCGAGGCGACUCUGCUUCAGCACGUCCUGCGAGGAAGCUUCGAUACGAACUCCCUCAACACUUACCCCCUGCACACAAUCGGGCACUCGUACAUGAACGAGUCUGCGUUUGUCAACUUGCCCGGUGGAGCUGGUCAGGCUGUUGCGCUCGCUCAGUCUGGCGACCGUAGGUUUGUCGCCGAAGCUGUCAACAACGGCACCUACACGUUGAGUGGGAACCAGACCAAGCUGGACACGGUUACUGUUCAACCCAUCAAUCACGCCAUCACCAUCCCUGGCUCGGUCACUGAUACGCUCAAGUACCUCAGGUACAACGGCACAGACACGCUGCUUCAGCAGGUUCAAGGCGGUGCCCUCGCCAAGACCAUCGACUCGAUGGCUGGUAUCACCCUCUUCGUACCCUCCAACGCUGCUAUUCAGAAGUACGUGGCUACCAACCCCAGCCCCAAUGACAUCCCCACCGUUCUCGGUCAGCACAUUGUCGCCUCUCGCGUCCUCUACUCUCCCCUCCUCAUCGACCAAGGAUCCAUGAUCUCGUCUUCCGGCCAAGACAUUGUCUUUGACAACAAAGCUGGAACCGUCAAGGUCGGAAACUUCACCGCUAAGAUCCUCCAGACCGACAUCAUUGCUCAGCAGGGUGUGAUUCACGAGAUCGACAAUGUCCUCGCCUCCACUGCCCUCGACACUGGACGUGCUGCCCAGGCGCAGAAGUCUGCCAUGGAAUCCAUCAACGCCGCUUCCGCCUCGGUGCUCUCGGGACCCGUUACCGGCAAGAACUCUAUCACUACCCAGGGUAACGACGUUCCUGCUGCUCAACAGGGCUCCGGCGCCAACAACCGAAGUGCCAACCAGAACGGUGAUUCCGCAGGUACGGGUCAGACCGAAACCGCCAUCGGGAACGGUAACACGGGCAGCAACGGCGGUGCUUCCCAAGCCAACUCGACCGGCAGCAACAGCGGCUCCAACGGCAGCAAUGGUAGCAACGGUAGCAACGGCAACAACGGCGGUAACGGAAGCAACAUUGAUCACCGAAACCAGAACGGUGCCCUGUCGUCUUCCACAGCCUCUUCGUUCGUUGCGACAAUCGUCGUCGCUUCGUCCAUCCUUGCUCUCGCUUUCUAG